AUGAAUUACCUUCUUUUGUUAGUAUUCUCUUUGUUCAUACACUCAAGUUCUGCAACAAUUAACUUUGAUUACUUCAUGCUGGCUGAAACAUGGCCACCAUCUUUCUGUCAAACUAAGACAUGUAUCUCUGCUAUACCUUCAAAAUUUAGUAUCCACGGCCUGUGGCCGCAGAACAACUCCUUACCUCACCCAACACAGUGCAAAACUACUAAAAAAUUAGUGGAGACAAUGCUUAAGCCACUGAAGCCUAGGAUUGCAAAUGUUUGGCCGUCUCUAACUGGAAACAACUUUGGCUUAUGGAAUCAUGAGUGGACAGUUCACGGAACUUGCUCCACAAUGGCAGCAUUUGAUUACUUUAAGCUCACGUUAGAUCUUUACGCGAAAAGUAAUAUCAAAGACCUUCUUCAAAAGAAAAAUAUAACACCGGGGAAAGGACCCAUAAAUAGAAAAGACAUUGAGGAUGCUAUAAAGGUAGCCACUGGCGGCUUGGCACCACAACUUAGUUGUGAUCAAAAUUCUGGGAAUUUGCUGGAAGUUAGACUUUGCUUCGAUACUAGCACAAAUCCAAAGUAUAAAAAUUGUUCUACUAAUACAAAUUGUCCACUUAAUAAUGUGUAUUUACCAUUAUAA